CAAAAGCAAGUGCAUUAUUUCUAAUGCUUUUAUUUUUCCAAGAAGUGACGAACAACGUGUGACAAAGCUGAAUGACACGCCUUCGUUAUUUUUUAUGCUUAUCAUUCAUUAUAUAUAUAUAAUCUAAUCCAUUCAAAAUUCUAAUUCCAAUUUCAGUUUCUAUUCAUGACGGUAACAUCUAUUUGUGAUUCUCAAUCUUCAAACAACAUAGGUACUACCAGUAGUGUGGGUAAUGUGAUGAGCAACCUCACACAUGUUGUGGCAGCCUCCAUCGUCGGAUCAAUGGUGGUAGACUCCAAGAUCAUUCCUCACUUACAUCAAACACCGUCCGGCCGUGUUGCCCAAAUUGAGAUAUUCUCUCACUAUGUUGCUAGGCAAAUAGGAUUUGUUGAUGCCAGCGAGGUUCCAGAGUUAUGCAGAUUGGCACAGGACUACUUGAGAAAUUCUGAAGGGUGUAAGGAAAGUAUCUUUCAAUAUCUAGCCAAUGGAGAGGACCCUAAUCCACUAUAUGCAAAAUUGAUUGAUGAGUUUGAAAGAUGUAUCCUCAGUUAUUUUGCUUUUCAUUGGAGCCAAGCUUCAUAUAUUAUUAGUCAGGUAUUGAGUACUGAGUCCCAACCGAAAAUACAUCUCAAAAAUAUUCUUUUGGCAGCCACGAGGGAACACAGAUUUAAGAGAGUAGCAAAGAAUCUAAAGGUGACAAGAGUUUUCUCUACAUUAGUGGAAGAGAUUAAAGCAAUAAAGGGCGACUCUCAAAGUUGUGUCGUCAAGGACUCCGUUGUCCACACCGAGAGGAGUCCAGUGCUGCUGCUUAUGGGUGGUGGAAUGGGAUCUGGAAAAAGCUAUGUUCUUAAAGACAUUCUAAAAGAAUCAUUUUGGUCUGAAGCUUCAAAUGUUGUGGUCGUUGAAGCUGAUGCUUUUAAGGAGAGUGAUGUGAUAUAUAAAGCUCUUAACUCUAGGGGUCACCAUGACGACAUGCUCGAAACUGCUGAAUUGGUGCAUCAGUCUUCCACUGAUGCUGCAUCAUCUCUGCUAGUGACAGCUCUAAAUAAGGGACGAGAUGUGGUCAUGGAUGGUACCUUAUCAUGGGAACCUUUUGUAGAGCAAACUAUAGCUAUGGCAAGAAAUAUUCACAAAUAUAGGUAUCGAAUGGGGCCAGGAUAUAGAGAAGCUAAAGAUGGGACAAUAACCGAAAAUUAUUGGGAGCAAGUGAAUGAAGCAGAAGAACACCAAUCAGAGGAAAAUUAUAAAAGGGAACUACUCACCCGAAAGCCUUACAGAAUUGUGCUAGUUGGUGUGGUUUGUGAUGGCUAUCUUGCUGUUGUUAGAGGCAUUAGGAGAGCUAUCAUGACAAAAAGGGCAGUAAGGGUGAAAUCACAACUGGAAUCUCACAAAAGAUUUGCUAAUGCAUUUCCAAAAUAUUGCGAACUUGUUGACAGUGCUAGGCUAUAUUACACAAGUGAUGUUCGUGGUCCACCAAAGUUAAUACAAUGGAAGAAUGAUUCUCACAAUCUACAAGUGAAACGUGAAGUUCUCAAAUGCUUGAAAAUGAUACGCAGUUUAAAUACCGAGGCAGAUUCCAUCUACGAACUUUACAAUGAAACCGACGCUACUAUGGGACCUGGCUCUGUUUGGAAUGACAUUGUUCUUUCUCCUUCUAGGUCAAAUGAUGUGGAAAAGUUAAGGGAAUCCAUUCAGAAAAUAGAAAAAAUCAUCAGAAAACAAUAACUAAUAUAUCAUCGCAUGAUGUGUUAUUAAACUUUUUGUACAUGUAUUAUUUCUAUGGUUCAACAUCAGCAUGGGAAACAAGGUAACUGAAAGAAGUCAUUUUCUUGGCAUCAAUAUGCAAACCAACUCUGAUGAUUUGUUAUUGAGUUUAGCUAUGUACAUGUCUGUGUAUAUAUAUUUAGUGAAUACCAUUGGAGCUUUAUUUCCCGCUCUAAUUUGGUGUGAAUGUUAGUGUUGACCUGUGACAUGUACGGGGAAUUUUUUUCUUUAUAAAAAGUAUAUCGGUGAUUCCCGGUCAUAACAGUAUUUUAGCAUCGUUUUGGAGUCAUUUGGCAGUCAAUUGAGUCAUUUGCAGAAUUUUUUUAGUUGAGUUCAGCGACAAGUUGAAGGAAUUGUCGUAGUACUGAGAAGACAUUCUGAGCCAGAUCAAAUUCAUCAUAACCAGACAACUAUGUGGUCAUGCUAUGCAUGUUACGAGAUGUAUCGAGUGAUCUCUUGGAGUAUAGUUACUAUGGAGGUUACGAUGUAGAGAAAUGAGACUGAAUAAAGAAAACAGAUGAUACAAGCUGAUUGAGGUUACAUCUUGCGUAUAGUGUAGGAAGAUGAAGAAAGAAGAGGGCAAGGUUUUGUUGCCUGUGCAUCGCCCAAGUCGUUCUACAAAUAAGGGACCUCAUUUUUUUCUAUAUAAACCAAUGAACACCUCAGACCUAGGGGUCGACUUUUUGCACUGAGAAGCUAAGGAACACGAUUUCUAAGAGGUCCAAACUGAAGAUUCGCCUUAGAAACAAGAUUGAAGCUUCUUGUUCAUCAUCUAUUCAUGUAUAAUUUCUUAAUCUUGUUGCCAUGCGCAUUUUGGUUAUGAAUAGCUAGAUUUCUUUUGAUUAGGUGAGUAGAUGAACUUCUCUGAAUCUACUUGAACCAUGUAAUCGUUGAUGUUGAGUACUUUGCAAUUGAAUUUCUUAAUAUUAUUCAGUUA